CUUUUAUCUUUGGUUUCUUUUACCUUCAUAUACAUAUCCGAUAAGUUUUCAGUUCAACUGCUAUUUAUGAAUAUAAUUUGUGCAAGUUGCCGUCAACCAGGCCAUGCUCGCUCUACUCACCGUGAGUCUCCUUUGAAUUCAAACCGUUCGUAUUCAGUGCAACCACCGUCUAUGGAUAUAGUUUGUGCAAGCUGCCGUCAAUCAGGUCACGCUCGCUGACUCAUCGUGAAUGCCCUUUGAUUUCAAGCCAUUCACAGCGAGCAUUUCAACCUUAUACAGAUAUGGUUAGGGGAAGUAAUAUCAGGAGGAUGUUCCUCACCCAAAAAAAUUCAAUAUGUGCUGCUGUCAGGGCAAAGUUAUGCUUCCACUAUUGAGUCCUACUCCUCCAAUAUUAGUUGAACUGCUCCGGUCUGAUAGUCAACAUGCAAAGGACUUUCGAAAAAAUAUUCGAAGUUAUAACAGUGCGCUCAGUCUCACGUCUACGGGAGUAAAUUUUCAGUAUUAAAUAACCGAAGAGGCGCCUAUUGUUUCCGCAUCCAUGGAGCCAUAUACCAUCAAAUUGGUAGUCUUUUCCCACCACGAAAUGAUCUUCAACCUGCUUUUAGUCAAAUUUACGUCAUGAUGCAGCCAAUGAAUGAAAGUGAAUUUGAUAUUGAAUGUGAUUGCUCACGCUUAUUCUUAGAUGUACAAAUCAAAAAUGUAAACAUGAUCAUGGUUAUAAAUUAUGGAAUCGCGAGCAAGAUCUUGUUUGGCCACCGAGAGAAUAACGAAAGGCCGACACUUUUCAAGAG